AUGGAGGAAUAUAACAAUGGUGACGAGGUGGUCUUCAAUGCUGAUGAAGCUACCAACAACAUCAAAGAGUGCAUCGAGGGCGUCAUUGGCGGCAUGGACUACAGUCAAAGCAAAGUUAACCAGUGGAACGCUGCUAUCGUGGAGCACUCUCUGACCCACCUGGUCAAACAAGGACGCCCGUUUAAGUACAUAGUAAACUGCACCAUCAUGCAGAAGAGCGGCGCCGGGCUGCACACAGCAAAUUCGUGCUACUGGGACAACAGUACAGAUGGAAGCUGCACAGUCCGAUGGGAGAACCGUACCAUGUACUGCGUGGUCAGCGUGUUUGCCAUCGCCAUAUAA